CUAUUGAAAAUUCUAAAGGGAUCAUUUUUUUCAUCAACUUAUCUCCUUACUUUACAGCCAGCCAUUCGUAUGAAUGCGGUCCGUCCUCGUCGAAGCGGUAUUUGGUUCAAGGUCGAAAGAAUGCAACGCUUGUUUUGGACGUUUCACCAAGCGGAGGAGCUUGAGCGUGCGUUCCAAGUAUUCUUUGUGGAAUUCAGCCCAUGUUCACAAAACACAGAUUCUAAAUCACAGAUGGAAAGUGUGCCGUCUAACAGUUAUGUCCUGAGAGCCAUCAUUUUUCUGGAACGUCGCCUGGGGACUUCUAUCGACAUGAUCCUGGGAGCAGUGUGGCUGUCCGCUGGUGUGGUGUAUUUCAGGGGAAAUAUUUUAUCUAACCUGAGGCGCAUAAGAGAAAGGCUGCGGCGUGACUUGAUAGUCCUUCAUAUCGUGCCCGAGCUGCAAAUAAAAAAGGCAACAAAUACUUUAAGGCGGCCAAGUACGAGAACGCCAUCCAGUGUUUCACAGAAGCCAUUGCACUCUGCCCCACUGAACAGAAGAGUGACCUGUCGGCGUUCUAUCACGACCGAGCGACGGCGUAUGAGCAGCAGAUGAAAUGGACUGAGGUGGUGCAAGACUGCUCACAGGCAAUAACGCACGACCCACGUUACAUAAAAGCUUUCUUGAAGAGAGCCAAAGCUCAUGAGAAACUGGACAAUAAGAAAAAAUGCCUGGAAGAUAUCUCCGCUGUGUCUAUACUGGAGGACUACCAGAACCAGGAGAGCAGGAAGCUGGCAGAAAAUAUGCUCCUCCAGAUAGGAUAUGAGGCUAUAGACAAACACGAGAACCGAGGGUGGACGAUGCCUUCUCCUCAGUUCAUCAAAUCCUACUUUGGUUCUUUCACCGAUGACAUCAUCUCGCAGCCGCUGCAGAAGGGCGAGCAGAAAGAUGAAGACAAGGACAAUGAGGGCGAGGCCUCCGAGGUCACAGCUAGUCACCACCUGAGUUCGGGCUACCUGAAAGCCAAGCACUACAUGGAUGAGGAGGACUACGACAAAAUCAUCAGCGAAUGCACUAAGGAGGUGGACUCGGAGGGCCGCUACAUGGCUGAGGCGCUGCUCCUGCGCGCCACCUUUUACCUCUUGAUUGGCAACACCGAGGCCGCUGAGCCCGACUUGGACCGCGUCAUCAAUAUGCAGGAAGCCAACGUCAAGCUGCGAGCCAAUGCCCUCAUCAAGCGUGGGAGCCUGUACAAGGAGCUUCACCAACCGUUGCUUUCCAAACAGGACUUCAACAUGGCAGCAGAGAUCGACAAACGCAAUCCCGAUGUAUACCAUCACAGGGGGCAGCUUAAGAUGCUGCUGUACCAGGUGGACGAAGCUGUAAGAGACUUUGACAAAUCCAUCCUGCUCAGAUCUGACUUUGCUCUCACCCAGGCGCAGAGUUCCUUUGCUGUGUACACACAAGCAUACACCGGGAACUACCCAUCCAAGUCACGAUUCCGGAUAGUCAUGAAGGGAUUCGAGAAGGUUAUAGAAAGGUUUCCCACGUGUGCUGAGGGCUACGCACUAUACGCUCAGGCUUUAACCAUGGAGAAACAGUUCGGAAAGGCAGACAAGAUGUACGACAAGUGUAUUGAAGUGGAACCAGACAACGCCACCCAUUAUGUUCACAAAGGAUUAUUACAGCUCCAGUGGAAACGAAACCUGGACUGGACAAGUAUGUCUGAAUUGGGCCUGGACCUCAUCAGCAAAGCCAUCGAAAUUGACAACAAAUGUGUCUUUGCUUACAAAGCAAUGGGAUUAAUCGAACUUCUAAGGAGUAAUCACGACAAGGCAAUCGAAAUGUCCAACAAGGCUAUAAACUUGGCUAAAUCGGAGAAUGAGCUGGGCACCUUUUACACACAGCGCGAAGAAGCGUACGCCCACAGAGCGGUAUUCAGGAAGUACGGCAUCAGACUGGCAGAUAGGGUGUCAUUUUAAGAAUGGAAACGUUUCAAGACAGCCACGUCGAUUUCGACUGACAAAUUCCUCUGACAUUCUUCAUCGAUACAUAUGGUGACCAAAGUAAAAUAGAACUUAAAUCUGAAUAAAGUUAUGAUUCCUGGAAAGAGAUGUGGUGCUUUUCUUUUCUUUACUGUAUCAGGUUGUUUUUCAGUGGAAUGUACUUGAUAUAAAAUGUUUUUCAAUCCUGUGUGAAACAACUAGUGUGAUGGUUCAAAUGACUAAUAGUGUACUUUAUCACUACCAAUUUAGUUCAGUUAAAGUGAUCCUCUAACUUAAAUACAUGUAGGCUCUAAUAAACCACAAUUGUUCUCUUGUACUAAAAUAUGUUGUUAGAAACACAUAAAAUGUUAAAUCAGUGGCAAUAUUUUAUAAUAUUUAGUCCAUAUUUUGACCGUUAGUUGGCGCCAUGGUUUGCAGGCUCGCAGUGAUGACGUCAUUGGUAUCUUUCGUGUUCAACAAUUGCUUAUUGCUGCCUAAACUCGCGAAGUAAAAUGCCACGAUGUGCUGCUUUUGGAUGCAAUUUCCAGUCAAAUGGAAACAAGGGGAGUGAAGUGAGUGGUCAAGGUGGAAUUAUUAUUUUUAGUGAAUAAAUGUGCAUAAGUGGAAGCUUCUCCCCCUUUUUGGUCCCUGUAUGCACGUAUCCUACCCACCACGCGUUACAACUGGCGCCCGAACAUUUUUCCUGGAUCCUCAGUCAAGUAAGCGAUCCGUCUAUUUUCUGGUUCCGACGGUCCCACCGCGUCUGCAAUAUUGGUUUCGGAUCUGUCCAUUUUUUUGAUUCGUCCGUCCCACAGCGGCUUUUCGGAUCAGUCUAUUUUGUGGAAUCGACGGCCUAAUCGCGGCUGCGACAUUGCCAAGGUAUCGGUCUAAUUCCUGGAUCUUCGAGUGAAUAAAAAACGCGGAUUUGAAUUACUAUUGCUAUCUUAUUUGUUGACAAUUCUUCGUGGGAGGUUUCCCCAAAUCAUACUAAAUAAUUAAAGCACUAUGGCACGCUACAGUGACGACAGCAAUAUAACCCCAUAGAGACGUGGACCUUACAACAAUGUUUCGAGUUCGUCAGGGAACGCGUGUUUGCGUACUGCUGAGCUCCCGAGUGAAGAGUGGUCAAGGUGGAAAUAUUAUUUUUUGUGAAUAAAUGUGCAUAAGUGGAAGCUUCUCCCCUUUUUGGUACUUUUAUACAUGUAUCCCAGCUACCACGCGUUACAAUCUACAAGACAUGGAUUACACAAGGUGUGCUCUUUGGCCUGUACUGUAAGCACACGACAGCUCUGGAUGCUAACAAUCUACAUAAUUAUAUUGGGAUAAGUUUGAAAACGCAAUACGCUUACCUUGAAUAUCUGCUAAUAAAACCGGACAGCAUACACUCUCGCUCCCAACCGGAGUUCCCAACAAACAGCACUCGCAUCACCAGUUUUGCCCAACUUUUGUCUUAUCAGGUAUUUGCUGCAUGCAUUUUUCCCUGAAGCUCGUCUUGUGAACGACCGACAGUGCUGUCCUGCUCUUCACUUUUCAGAUCUGGUUCAAAUAGGAAGGGUAGAACUGACGACUUGUUGGGAAAGCUAACGAGUGACACGCUGGAAUUUCGGCAACCGGACCAGUGACGUCACGCACUGCGACGUAACAAGAAUAGUGACCUAUCACUUAAAGGGUAUGUAGCGGCAAAGGGGGUGUGAGACAUCAAUAGAACCAUUAUGUGUCAAGAUAACAAAUAUUGAUAAAGUUAACAAAAAAAUCAAUCACAUUAAUGAGCAAUUAUCGAAAAUAGAUCGAAAAUGACGAACAUUCCCGAAAGUGUUCCGGAAACAGCCGAAUGGGGCGGGGACGUCACGACAAGUGAUUGACAGUCGAGGCGGAGACAGGUGCCAUUGUUUUUUAACGACGAGAGAGUAGCGUUGGGGUUUGUUUGACGAAAACAUCACAAAAAUGGUUCAAAACUGUGGAAAGAGCUGAAGACUGCUGUUCACAACAAGUGGGACACAAUCGUGAAGUGGAACAACAU